AUGCCUCCAAAAAAGGGUCAGCGUAAAUCGAUGCCAGCGCGCAUCAAUAAAACGCCUACACUGACACCCUCUCGGCGCUCACCACGGGUUCCUCCUCCUCAAAAAGGCCCUACUGAAACCACCAACCCACCCAAAACGCUGAACCUUACACCCGCCUCGCCCGAAGAGUCUUCUAUCAACAUUCGUUUCUACAACCCUAAACCUGCUGCGGCUAGUUCUCGCUCACUGGCUGAGGUCCCGGAAACUCCAUCCGCACGCCGGCGAGGAUUUCAGACCCGUCCCUCUCGUUUGUCAACCGUCUAUACACCAACCAUAGAUACCCCGGCCAGCCAGGGCAGUCGGCGGACCAGAAGGACAGCUGCUCUUGAAACACCAAAGAAUGAUCACUCCGACUUUGAUCCUCUGGAGGGUAUCGGUGGCACCGGCUGGACCAACGAUCAAUACUUCGGCGCCCUCGGAUCAGAAGGAACAGCGGACGGUCCAUCCAGCCCCACCAGUGCGUCCGACAUGCGGAACUCAUCGCGGGUGCGCAAGCCUACAAUCAGGGCUCUUGAAUCUUUGGAAUCAGUAAAGAGAAAGCCUCGCAAGAACGCGAAAGCAUCUACUCCGAUCGGGGAAAAGCCCGCUUUCCUCUCAAAGCCUACAAAACAUAAUGUCCUCAAGAAAAGCGCCAAGAAAACUCGCACGUCAAAGCGCAUGGCCAACUCGAAGACGCAAAAUAAUAUGAUCUUGAUCGGUAGCGAUAUUGAUGUUAAAUCCACUGGCAAGGUGCUGUUUGAGCUCACUCUUGAGGCCCUAAACCCUGAGUUUAUUCUUCCAAUCAAUGUGGACGUCGAAGAGUUCAUCAAAGAGAGACGGGAUGAAUACUAUCAACACAGCCAGGAAGAGAAGUACGGAACUACUGCGUCUGCCGACGAUAUCCCUUCGUCCAAGACUGGCGAUGAAAGCGUCCCAGAGUCCCUCGUUCCAGAAACCGUUGUCCCGGAAACUUCUGUCGUCUCAACAUCUACAACCUCAACUCCCGCAGCUAUAUCUACUGACACUCCGGGAAUAUUGGGCUUCGAAAAGCAGUCCGACACCAAAACGAGCAGCGACGGAUGGAUUGAGACCGGCUACGUCAACGACAAAGCUGAAGAAGUCUCUCUGAUCCCCGAAGACUACCAUCUUUAUCGCUCACUGCACACCUACGGGGAUGAGAACCUACCCUACCCUCCUGUGCGUGCUCGGACGGAUCAACAGGGCGACAACGACUCCGCACGCGGCUACCCGCCUCUUAUCGGGUCCCGCAACCUCCCCGUCGGCUCGCAGUCACCUUUCCGGUCAGAAAACGUGGACGAGGAAAAGGCCAAAGUGCUAUCCCGCCCCCAGGAAACGCGCGUUAUCGCUCCAGCAACUACCACUCGCAAGCCUCGCAACACGCGCAAGCGUCGUCAGACUGCAGCCGCAGAUACGACUAACCGGGGCGCGACUCUCGAUAACGGUGAACGCAAGUCAAAGCGUCGUCGUCGCCAGACUGAACCCGGCCCUGCCGCUGCCACUGACCCUGCUAUUGCUCCUACUCCUGCUCCCGCAGCCUCUUCCCCUCCCAAAUCUGCGACGAAAGCCCAGUCUCAGUCACGUCAGGUCGCCCCCGUUGCCACGCCUGCUACUGAAGAUGUAAAGCCCAAGGUGCAGCGGAUCCGUCUAACACUGAAGCCCGCACCCGAGGCUGAAAUUAAGGGGGAUGACUCGUUUUCCAACACAGAUACCCCCGCCGUGCAUUCCCCCUCGUCCGCCCCCUCGCGCGCGCCUUCCCCCGCGCCGACCCCAAAGCGCCGUCGUCGCGGCCCAGCCAAGGGAAAAUGA